AUGGACAGGGGAGAAGAGAGAGCGACACUUCAACCACUGGACCACUGCAUCCGUGAGGGUUUCAAGAAGUUGUACCAAAACCAGCAGCUCUGUGAUGCCACCAUCGUGACCGAAGGACAGCGGUUCCCAUGUCACAGGAUGCUGCUGGCUGCAGUCAAUCCCUACUUCCGAGCCAUGUUCGUCAACUCCUUCAAAGAGUCCCACGACGGCGAAAUUCUGAUGCAUGACAUGGACCCCUUCACCCUGCAAACCGUCCUGAACUACCUGUACACCGAGGAGAUCUCCAUCACGGCGGAGUCAGCCCAGGCUGUGUUUGUAGCAGCCAGCAGGCUUCAGAUCCUCCCGCUCCUGGAGAUCUGCACCAGUUUUCUUCUGAAAGAAGUUUCCUUGAAGAACUGCGUGAAACUUUAUGAGCUGGGCUAUGCCCACAACGAACAAGCUCUGCUUCAAGCAGCCAUGAGACAUAUCAGCCUGAACUUCAGGCGCCUUUUCGUGAAGGCCAACAGCUUCCGACAGCUGCAGCUCAGCUCUCUCAUCAGCAUCAUCUCCUCCGACAGCCUCCUGGUCUCUUCCGAACUAGUCGUGUACUGGGUCGUCCGGCGCUGGGUGAGGUUUCAAUCCUCCAAACGCCACCCGUUCCUGGGCGAGCUAAUGAAGCACGUCCGCCUGCCUCUCCUCACCCACGAAGAGCUGCGGGAAGUCCAGCUCGAAUCGGAGCAUUACCGAGACAUUCGGCUGCAGUGGAAGCGUCUCAACGGGCAAGAGCGGCUCCAGGAGUGUGGCGGGCUCAGGCAGGGGAUGUACAACAAGUGCAUUGUAUGCGUGGACCUGUUCAACAAGGAGGGCCCGGAGCUGAAGAUCAAGGACUCUCAGAUAGGCUGCUACAACCCUCAGUCGGGGGCGUGGGAAAAGCUGCCCCCCCUGAAAUGCUUGUAUUGCGCGCGGUGCUUGGCGGUGAGAGACAAGCUCUACGUCACGGGGGGCGUCCACAGGGACUACUCGUAUUCAGACACCCUCCACGAGUACAGCUCUUUCCGAGGCCAGUGGAUACGGCUGCCCUCCAUGUCCACGCCCCGCGCGUCGCACGGCUUUCUCGACUGCAACCAGAAGCUUUAUGCCAUCGGCGGCUGGUGCUGUUACGAGGGCUACCUCGACUCGGCGGAGUGCUUUGACCUAGCGAAAAAGGUCUGGGCGCCCAUCUCUCGGCUGCCAUUCACACUGAGCCAUUUUGCUUCCACCGUGCUCAAGAACAAGCUGUAUAUAGUUGGCGGGGUGACCGGUGCCCGGGGCUCUUGGACCGCUUCCAGGAAAGUUUUGAUCUACAAGGCGAGCUCCGAUGUGUGGGUGCAGGUGCUCCUGGACUUCGAGUGCUGCUGGGCUGGAGCCGUCUCCAUGAACAACGGGAUCUGCGUGGUCGGUGGGUAUUUCAGGAGCAGAGCGAGACAUUACAACGAGGGGUGGCCUGAUUCAGGAAGCCUUCACUGCACGAGGAAGUGUUUCUUCCUGGGCGAAGAUGGCCGAGUGAACAAAGAUGUUGCCAUCCCAAAGCUGCCCGUUGAGAUUGCUGGUGCCGGCGUGGUACGCUGGAAGAAGAGGAUCUACGUGCUAGGCGGUGAGAAAACAAAUCUAUAUACAAACCGGGAUGAUAAAAACAAAGAGGAAUAUUAUAACACAAUUUACUAUUGGGAACCUGGAGAUGCCCGAUGGACUCAGUGCCCAGAAAGGCUCCCUUUUACCAACUGGGGUCUCAGUGGGUUUGGCUGUUCGACGCUGAAGGUACCGAAAAGACCUAUUCUGUCUCUUUUCCGAAAGACAUCCAUUGCCCUGACAGCAGUUGAGUUAGCAGAGAGUUAG